AUGCAUAACGCGGGUUCCUACGACUGGGUCCCAAACGGAACGGAUGGCGCCGGCUCUCCUACCGUCGCCGGGUUGUUCUCCUCUCAACCGGUCGUUUCAACCGGCAGGCGCAGGGUUAAGCCCGGCCCCGGGGUAACCCACCGGUUACUUCACAUGGGUUCCACGCUAACCCUGGUUCUCUCGGUUGGCGCGAUGAUGUUUCUGUUUUAUCAGAGGUGGGCUGUGAUUGCCAGCUGGGGGGAGGUGGAUAACAAAGCGGCGCUUGAGAUCAAUUCCGGUUUGGGAGGAGUGGGUUCUGAGGAGCGUCUCAGGAGAGACCCUGUUCUAGAUCAGGGUUCUGAGGAAUGGUUUGAGAAUCAGUCUCAGGGUCGGGCGUUGGCGGCAGGCCGAAACGGAGGUUCCAGGAAUGAUGAUACUUCUGGCAGCAUAGACGACGAUCUGAGUGAAGGGGAGCGGAUUCCGCGCGACGAAGCGGAGUGGCGGAAGAAUUUGGGGAGCGGAACCAAUUCCGCAAAAGAAGCUUCCGGAAUGGAAGUGGGAGCUAGUGCGGACGAUCCGGAGGCUUCCGCGGACCAGGUUUCCGCCGGAAGGGUCAGUGGAAGCGGGGAAGUGUUGUCGAAGGAGGAAGCGAAAGUGGGCGCUGACGUAAUUGGUGGUUCAGCGGGGCGGAAUUCCGGCGAAAAAAGAGCGAGGGGGGAGAAGCUGAUGCUGGUGACGGGCGUCGAGGCGCGGCCGUGCACGACGCGGCGCGGUUCCGAGAUUGCGCUCAAGGGUUUGAAGAAUAAGAUUGAUUACGCCAGGCUGCACAAGUGGCCCCUGUGGUACAGCAUGGAGCUUCUCGACGAGGCCUACGAUCUGUACUGGAUGAAGUACCCGCUGCUCAAGUCGCUCAUGCGGGCGCACGCCGACGUCGAGUGGUUCAUGUGGGUGGACAGUGAUGCCUUCUUCACCGACAUGGCGUUCGAGGUUCCGCUGGACAAGUACAAAGAGCACAACCUGGUCCUCACCGGAAAGCGGAAAGACGUCGUCGAAAAUCCCCACUGGCUAGGUCUCAACGCCGGCAUUUUCCUGAUGCGCAAUUGCGACUGGUCGGUUCGUCUGAUGGACGCUUUGAUGGCGAUCGGCGAGAAGGGGAUCGUCCGCAACUCGAGCGCCUUUCUGUUGAACGACGUCGUCGCGGGGAGAGCGGAAGCAAGCGAUGACUGGCCCGCGGACGAUCAGUGCACGCUGAUCUACCUGCUGUCGACGCAAGCGCACUUGUGGGGGGACAUGACAUUCCUGGAUGAAGAGAUCCAUUACCACAGUUGGUGGGUCGACACUCUGGAGCGCCUCCCGCAGCUGGUACAAGGCAACGGUGUGACCGGCCCCGAAGGAAAGUGGCCGUUCAUAAGCCACUUUACAGGGUGCAAAUUCUGCCAUCAGCAAUUCGGGGACGAUACGCGAUACGACACCUGUCUAGAAAACUUUGACAGGAUCUACCACUUCGCAAACGACCAGGUUUUGAAAGGGUAUGGUUUGCGGCAUACGAGCUUGGGAGAUUCUAAAGUCGUACAAGUCUAG